AUGUGUUGGAUGGCGGCACGGAAAUCUACUGGACUUUACGGAGACUACGAUCGAGGACUUGAGCUCAAGGAGCACAAAACUUUUAUGUGUCCCAUAUCCAAGUACACGUCCAGCGACAUGAUCCGACGGGAUGAUUCAAGCGCCGACCGAUCCACACAGGUGCUUGGCCAGAGCCACAUGGAGCCCUGCGAUCGAUUGCUAAAAUUUCAUUUCCAGGCCGGUUCCGCUGAUUCAGCGGAACUUUUAGACUCCGAGAAGAUGCGGGCUCUAGAUAGCUCCAAACCGGAUAUCCAGACUCCAGCAUUUAAUAUCUGA